GGCAUUGUAGCUUCCAGGCAUGUCAGCGCCGCAGAAAUGAAUGGGUGCACGCACUGUAAAUGUUGACGUUGUUGGACCCCUAACAUCGUCAUGUUUUAAGUAGACAAACACACGUACUGACCUCACGGAUUAGGCCAUGGAGUGUGAUAUCUUGGACUCGUUAGAGCAGCUUGGCUAUGACGGCCCUCUGCUGGAGGAGAAGGCGCUGCUCACAGCCGCGGAAGGAGGCCUGUCCUCGCCGAAGUUUGUGGAGCUCUGCAGGUGGCUGGCAUCCAGGUUAAAGCCGCUGUGUGAUCUGGAGGAGAGCAUUACUUCCGGUCCAGACGACAUGGACAGCCUUCAGGUAGAGAUGAGUGGUUUGCUGAAGGAGUUGCACUGUCCUCACAAAGACGUAGUUUCAGGGAUCCUCAAGGGCAGUUUGCCAAAUGCAAAAGAUCAUCUCAAGUUUGUCUUGUUUCUGAGCUCUGAGCUCCAGGCAGCUCAGAUUGUGAGGAGCAGAGGAGUCUCUGAUGAACGAACCGAAGAGAGUCCGACGUGUCAGGAGCUCAGAGCGAUCUGUGAAACACUGAACCUACCAGAGCCGAGAGGACAGGACGCGGCAGGAGUUUUCUCUCAAGUCCAAGACAAGGUUGAUAAAGUACUUAAAGAGCUUCCAAAUGGCUCCAUUGGAAACCCGGUGCUAAAGAAGUCUCUAUGCAGUGAACAGUGGGAGAAGCUGCACAACAUAAACACGGUUCUGUCUUCAGAGUACGAGUGUCGGCGCAGGAUGCUGAUCAAACGGCUCGACGUCACGGUUCAGUCUUUCGGCUGGUCAGACAGAGCCAAGGUCAAGGUGGACAGCAUGGCGAGGGCCUACCAGCCUAAGAGACACUCUCUGAGGCCACAGUCCACAGUGGACAUGGCCGAGCUGCUGGCUGCCAGAGAAGACAUCUGCAAUGUGGUGAAGACCAGCAGUGGCUCGAGCAGGGAGAAUACGACUUGUGCUGUCAACAAGAUCCUGAUGGGGAGAGUCCCGGACAGGGGAGGACGUCCCUCGGAGAUAGAGGCCCCACCCCCUGAGAUGCCACCAUGGCAAAAAAGACAAGACGGUCGAGGAGGUGGCGGCUGGGGAGGCCGCGGUGGUGGUGGAAGAGGAGGAGGUGGUCGGGGAGGUGGUGGAGGUUGGAGAGGAGGUGGAUGGAACCAAGGAGGAUAUGGUGGACAUGGUAGCUCUGGAGGACAUGGUGGACACGGAGGAAAGCGAGGACGGUACCAGUAUUAAUGUCUCUCCUGUUCCCACAUUUAGCGUCUCGCAUGAACUCUGUUUUUCAGUGGAGGGACAAAAAAGGUGAACUUCCACUGAAACUUCUCCCUCAUUUUAGGUGAUUUAUAAUGCUCCGGUUUUUACUUUUAUUAGUGUUUCCUUUUGCUUUUUUUAAUAUUCUCAUUACUGUUUUUUAAGGUGAAAGCACCAGUAUUACUGUAACUUCAUCACAAGUACCUUUUUUAAAUACAAAACAAAUGAUUUAACGUGCAUUAGGCUGUAAAUCUGUAACUCUGUCCCAAAUUCAUACUACAUAAUAAGGAGGUCUGGAGUACGCGUUUUGUAAGGUAUGUAACUUAUACUAUUUGUAGAAUUGGAUUCCAGUGGUGGCUGUUUAGGAUUGUUUCCGAUUCGUGUGAUCCCGUUUCCAGCAAGUCCAGAGCGUUGUUAAGUCCAAAAUAGUCAUAAUUUAUUUGAAAACAGAUGGAUGUAAUAAUUUCUAAAGUUCACAUGUUUUUAUUUAACGAAAGAUUCUGCUUCGGUCUGUAUUUGUUGGAAUUUAGCCUUUCAGAAAUAACAUUUUUCCAUUUCUCUCUGUUUGCUCACAUCUGUAUUUACAGGUUGGUCUAACAGCGCCAUAAACUACAUUUGUAUAAUGUCAACAUUAAGAAUGAAUUCAAAUGUCAACUUUAUGAACAAAGCUUUGAAAUAUUCCCCUACAUAAACCAGUGGUACGGAUAGGGUUCUUGUCGAGCCCUUUUCUCCCACAAUGCAAUGCACAAUGGAAACGAAGGAGCAGCUCCUGGAAACCAAAAACUACUAUAAAUACAUUUUGGAAAAACAUUUAAACCAUUGAAGUCAGUAGAUUUCCGUUAAACUAACUGCAAAAUACAUAGUCUGUCGUAUGGAUCUGGGACACAGCUUGCAUUUUUGACAAAGUUCAGGUACCACUGAGCGGACUGGUCAACACUGAACAGAGGGACAAAAACACAUCAGUUUUGCUCUGCAUGAAACACGAGUUCUUGACACUGAACAUUCUGCUUUUAAGCUUAUGUAACUGAACACUUAGAGGAUCUACGCAUUAGAUGAAGGAUGUUGAAGAUGAUGCACACAAAGCAAGCAAAUGACAACAAGCGAUCUUUGCCUGGCAGACGAGGUGUUAGUGUGAUGACUGAAACCACUGCUACCUGCUGAGGACAAUGUUAAAGCAUUGGACUAAAAAAAAUGUCUUCAGCCUCUUUCUCAAGGACCAGAGACUUUGACUUUUUAAAUCCAUAUUUACAUUUUGGACUGAUAAAUAUCAUCUCUCGCCACGUUUCUGUGAAGAUUCUGUACCAGCUAUCAUGACUGAUCUGUUUUCACAUCUGAAUUUAUUUAAUAAAGAUCUCUUC